UGGUUCUUCUAGUUUAUGAGUGGUUUUAUUGUACUUCCAGAGGUUUUGACUAAGGAGAAUAUUGUGGAGCCCAUGCGAGACAUAAGGCGAGCUCUUCUGGAAGCAGAUGUGAGCCUUCCUGUUGUUAGAAGGUUUGUCCAAGCUGUCAGUGACCAGGCAGUUGGUGUUGACCUUAUUCGAGGAGUGAGACCAGACCAACAAUUGGUCAAGAUUGUUCAUGACGAGCUUGUAAAAUUGAUGGGUGGAGAAGUGUCAGAACUGGUUUUUGCAAAAUCUGGCCCCACUGUAAUUCUGUUGGCUGGUCUACAAGGAGUUGGGAAGACUACUGUUUGUGCAAAGUUAGCUAAUUAUCUUAAGAAACAGGGAAAGACUAGCACGCUUAUUGCUGGAGAUGUCUACAGACCUGCUGCAAUUGACCAACUUGUUAUUUUGGGUGAACAGGUGGAUGUGCCUGUUUAUGCAGCAGGGACUGAUGUUAAACCUUCAGAAAUAGCUAAGCAAGGUUUAGCUGAGGCUAAAAAGAAAAAUGUUGAUGUAGUUAUAAUGGAUACUGCUGGAAGGCUUCAGAUAGACAAAUCAAUGAUGGAUGAAUUGAAAGAGGUCAAGAAGGUAUUAAAUCCCACAGAAGUUUUGCUUGUUGUGGAUGCAAUGACUGGUCAAGAAGCGGCAGCUCUGGUGACAACGUUCAAUGUUGAGAUCGGAAUAACUGGCGCCAUUUUGACGAAGCUAGACGGGGAUUCAAGGGGUGGUGCAGCUUUGAGUGUUAAGGAGGUGUCAGGAAAGCCAAUCAAACUUGUAGGACGAGGAGAGCGGAUGGAGGACCUUGAACCUUUCUACCCAGACCGCAUGGCCGGACGAAUAUUAGGAAUGGGAGAUGUCCUGUCAUUUGUAGAGAAGGCACAAGAAGUUAUGCGCCAAGAAGAUGCCGAAGAAUUGCAAAAGAAGAUUAUGAGUGCAAACUUUGACUUCAAUGAUUUCCUAAAGCAGACCCGUGCUGUUGCACGUAUGGGUUCCAUGACUCGUGUCAUUGGAAUGAUUCCAGGAAUGUCGAAGGUAACUCCAGCACAAGUCCGAGAAGCAGAGAAGAGUCUGAAGAUAAUGGAAGCAAUGAUUGAAGCGAUGACACCUGAGGAAAGGGAGAAGCCAGAAUUGUUGGCAGAAUCUCCUGCUAGGAGGAAACGAGUUGCUCAGGAUUCUGGGAAAACAGAACAGCAGGUGAGCCAAGUUGUGGCCCAACUCUUUCAAAUGCGGGUUCGGAUGAAGAACCUAAUGGGCGUCAUGGAAGGUGGAUCUAUUCCUGCAUUAAGCAAUCUUGAGGAUGCAAUGAAAGCUGAACAAAAGGCUCCGCCUGGAACUGCAAGGAGGAAAAGAAGAUCAGAGUCAAGGAGACAAUUUGCAGACUCGGCUUCAAGCCGGCCAGGUCCUCGGGGUUUUGGGGCUGGGAACUGAGAGCUAUAGAUAUUUGGACCUAUUACAGAAAUUUCUGGGUGAGCAGAAAUAUGCCUGCAGCUAGAGGAUUCAAAUCAGUUACACGGACAACUCCAACCACUGCCAGUGAAAUGUGUUUUCAUGAUUUAUGAUUCUUCAGCUUUUAACAUGUCCAAGUAUGAAAUGUGUUACUAUGUUGACAUGCUGGCUGUUUAUAUGUCUGCUAAUGUGGAAUGCGGGAAGAGCAAUUCAUCAAUGCUGCAGAGUGUACAAAA